UACCGUAUUAUGGUAGGCACUAUGCUAAACAAUAUAUCCGUGGUAAGCCCAUUCGAUUUGGAUUCAAAAACUGGGCUCUGAAUUCCAGCGAUGGAUAUAUGCUUCAGUUCGAUGUGUAUAUGGGCAAAAAUGCAGAGAGCGUCCCACAAGGAUAUGGAGUAGGAGGUGACAAAGUGGUUGAUCUCCUCACGAAAGCAAAUGUACCACACCAUAAGGGAUUCAAGCUUUUCAUCGACAACUAUUUUACGUCCGUGAAACUGUUGCGCAAUUUGGCCAGUAUGGGGAUUUGUACAUCUGGUACAAUUAGAGACGGUCGCAUAGAGAA